UUGAGAAGCCCGUAAACACCAAUGCCAAUUGCCACAUCCUAAAUUCCUAACUCACCGCCUUUGAAGUUUGAACACACAUUCUCUCUCAUAUUGCCUUUCGACUUUCUCCUCACUCUCGAAAACCCUUGCGCUAAACCCAGUUUUUGUUCGUUGUUUAUUUUAGAUCCAAAGUUUCAGUAUGAGUCGACCAAUGGAGGAAGAUGCCCCAAGCAAGAAUGAGGAAGAGGAGUUUAAUACUGGUCCACUAUCUGUACUUAUGAUGAGUGUCAAGAAUAACACACAUGUUCUUAUCAAUUGCAGAAACAACAGAAAAUUGCUAGGACGGGUGAGAGCUUUUGAUCGUCACUGCAAUAUGGUACUUGAAAAUGUCAGGGAGAUGUGGACUGAGCCAGGAAAGACUGGGAAGGGGAAGAAAAAGGCCCAGCCAGUGAACAAAGACAGGUUCAUUAGCAAAAUGUUCCUUAGAGGAGACUCUGUUAUCAUUGUGCUAAGGAAUCCUAAAUAAUUGCAGACACCCGACUUGCCUGCGCUGCUUAUGGUGGGGAUAAACCCUUUUGUACUUGUGAAUCUGAGAGUAGUAUUAUUUUAGUGGAACCUUGUUAUAUGUUCUGAAAAGCUGUAGCUUCAUUCUGUGUGAUUAGUAGUCACUGGGUAAUGGUGCUUCAACUGUUCGGCGGGAGAUAUUCAAGUAUGGCAGAGUAACUCUAGAUAGAUUCAAGGCUAGAAAUCUAAUUGUCUACUGAAUUAUGCAUCAAUGUUGCUAGCCUUGGUCACAUGUUAUAUGCCACUUUAUUUUGGUUAUGCAGCAGAACCAGAAUUUAUGGAACUUGUGUCAUCUUCCAACUGUAUGAUCCAUUAAGUUUUCAAACUCCCUGAAUUUUCAACUUAAUUUUACAAGGUUAUUUUGUUUCAA